GACGCAGGCCGCAGGGACGCCUCGAGAGCAGAAAGCCAGAAACCAAACGCCACCAGUCCACCGGCGCUUCCGUGCGGCUCAAGUUCGUCCGUGGCGCGUCUCCCUCCAUCAGGGCGGGAUCCAAAGUCCGAAGGAAGUCCAAUCACUCACCAAACUCGCAUCGAUCGUCUCUCCACUCCCCCGCCGCCUCCUUCGCUCCUUCCGCCCAAAACCCCCCCGCCGCCGACUCGCCGAUUCGAUCCUGCUCCAAGAUGCUCGCGCCGCUCCCGCGCUUGACGUGCUCUCUCCGCGCCCACUUCGACGCCGACCAGGCCUAUCUCCUCCGCAAGGCCGUGCUCCAAGCCCGCAUUCCCCCAAGGCCGCAUGACGAGUGGGAGCUCGCCCGGAGGAUCGUGCCCAACUGGGACGACGCUCCCAGCGAUGUGCGUCAGGCGUAUAAGCAAUUUAUCGGCGCAGUGGUGGAGUUGUUGAAUGGGGAGGUGGUGUCUGAGGAAUUCCAGCAGGUUGCUCAGUCUGUGUAUAGGUUGUUUGGUGGUAAUGUUGCGCAGUUUGGCGCUGCUGCGAAGUCCCUUGAGAAAAGGAAUGAAUUGGAGAGCCUUGUGGGCUACAGUGUGCAAGAGUCAGUUUUAAAAAAGCUAGCUCAGUUUGCUCAGAAGCUACAUUCCCUUCAAGGGGUGAGCAUUCAGGAAUUUGUUCAAGAAGACAAAAAGGAUGCAGCUGGAGAUGAUACAAGUGAAUUCGGGGCAAGCUUUGAUUUCAAAGCACCUUCUCGUUUCAUUAUUGAUGUCACUCUUGAUGAUGACCUACCCUUUGGAAGUGGUGUGUUAAUACCAUUUGAAAACGAGCUGGAUGAUGCCUGCAGCACAUCCAUAAACUGUAAUUCAACUGCUUCUGGGGGUUCUGUGAAUUUGAGGUGGCUAAAAGAUCAGUGUGAUCUAAUUACUAGAAGUGGUGGCUCAAUGCUCUCGGGAGAUGAACUUGCAAUGGCUUUGUGCAGAGUGCUCCGUUCACAUAAAGCGGGCGAUGAGAUAGCUGGUGAACUGUUGGACCUGGUCGGGGAUGCUGCCUUUGAAAUAGUUCAGGAUCUUCUUUCACAUAGGAAAGAGCUAGGGGAUGCUAUUCAGCAUGGAUUGACAAUAUUGAAAUCGGAAAAGCUGUCUUCGAGUAAUCAACCAAAGAUGCCAUCAUAUGGCACACAGGUAACAGUACAAACAGAGUAUGAGCGUCAGCUUGAGAAGAGUAAGAGGAAAGAGGGAAGACGUGCUAAACGUGGUGCAGAACAUGGAACAAAUGAUAUUGGUGCUGAUGAUUUCUCAUCCCUUCUUCUCGCAAGUGAAAGAAAGCAGCCAUUUGAUGAUAUGAUCGGUACUGGAGAAGGGGAAAGUAGUUUUACAGUAACUUCUCUCCCUCAAGGAACCACAAGGAAACAUAUGAAGGGGUAUGAAGAAGUGAAAAUUCCACCAACUCCAACAGCGCCAUUGAGACCCAAUGAGAAACUGAUUGAAAUAAGAGAAUUGGAUGAUAUCGCCCAAGCUGCCUUCCAGGGAUACAAGUCACUCAACCGUGUUCAGAGUCGUAUUUUUCAAGCGACAUACAACACCAACGAGAAUAUUCUAGUUUGUGCUCCGACAGGUGCUGGCAAAACGAAUAUUGCAAUGAUCGCAGUUCUUCAUGAGGUUAAACAGCACUUCAGGGAAGGCAUUUUGCAUAAAAAUGAGUUCAAGAUAGUCUAUGUUGCACCAAUGAAGGCAUUGGCUGCAGAGGUAACCGCAACAUUCGGUCGUCGAUUAUCUCCAUUGAACCUGGUUGUUAGAGAACUUACAGGCGACAUGCAGUUGACCAAAAAUGAGAUUGAGGAAACACAGAUGAUAGUGACUACUCCUGAGAAGUGGGACGUCAUUACGCGCAAAAGCAGUGACAUGUCACUGUCAAUGUUGGUCAAGCUGAUAAUCAUUGACGAAGUGCACCUGCUAAAUGAUGAUAGAGGGUCAGUAAUUGAGACACUAGUUGCUCGAACUCUUCGUCAGGUUGAAUCCAUGCAAUCAAUGAUUCGCAUUGUUGGCCUAUCUGCUACACUGCCUACUUACUUAGAGGUUGCGCAAUUUCUGAGGGUCAAUGCGGACACUGGCCUUUUCUACUUUGACUCAAGUUACCGUCCAGUUCCUCUUGCUCAACAGUACAUUGGAAUCACUGAAAGGGAUUACGCCAAGAAAAAUGAACUUUUCAAUAGUCUCUGCUAUGAGAAGGUUGUGGAGGCCAUUAAGCAAGGUCAUCAAGCACUGGUUUUUGUUCAUACCCGCAAGGAUACCGGGAAAACCGCUAGAACCCUAAUUGAUCUAGCUGCAAAAUCAGGGGAAUUGGAGUUAUUUUCAAAUGCAGACCAUCCCCAAUAUUCAUUAAUCAAGAAAGAUGUUGGUAAAGCUAAAAGUCGUGAAGUUGUAGAAUUUUUCGAAUCUGGAUUUGGCAUACAUAAUGCUGGAAUGAUACGUUCUGACAGAAGUUUGAUGGAGCGCUUGUUUUCCGAUGGUCUCUUGAAAGUCCUUGUUUGUACAGCAACAUUGGCUUGGGGAGUGAACUUACCAGCUCAUACAGUUGUUAUAAAGGGCACACAACUUUAUGAUGCUAAAGCUGGCGGAUGGAAAGAUCUGGGGAUGCUCGAUGUGAUGCAGAUCUUUGGACGAGCUGGGAGGCCACAGUUUGAUAAAAGUGGUGAAGGAAUUAUUAUCACGACACAUGACAAGUUGGCUUAUUACUUGAGAUUAUUGACUAGUCAGCUUCCGAUAGAAAGCCAGUUCCUUGGAUCUUUGAAAGAUAAUUUGAAUGCCGAGGUUGCCUUGGGUACUGUAACCAAUGUCAGGGAGGCCUGUGCCUGGCUUGGCUAUACAUACUUGUUUAUAAGAAUGAAGACUAAUCCUCUUGUGUAUGGGAUAACUUGGGAAGAGGUGAUUGGAGAUCCUUCCAUGGGUGCCAAGCAACGAGCAUUUAUUAUUGAUGCUGCACGUGCGCUAGACAAGGCUAAAAUGAUGCGCUACGACGAAAAGAGCGGCAACUUCUACUGCACAGAGCUAGGUCGAAUUGCUAGCCACUUUUAUCUUCAGUACUCCAGUGUUGAGACAUACAACGAGAUGCUUCGUCGUCACAUGAGUGAAAGUGAGGUGAUCAAUAUGGUGGCCCAUUCAUCUGAAUUUGAAAAUAUUGUAGUCAGAGAAGAAGAACAAGACGAAUUAGAAACACUUGCAAGGAAAGCAUGCCCAAUGGAAAUUAAGGGUGGGCCGACUGACAAGCAUGGAAAAAUUUCAAUUCUGAUUCAGGUUUACAUCUCCCGUGCUUCAAUUGAUAGCUCAUCCUUACACUCAGACGCCCAAUAUAUUAGUCAAAGCUUGGCUCGCAUUAUGAGGGCGUUAUUUGAGAUUUGUCUGCGUCGAGGGUGGUCUGAGAUGACUUCAUUAUUAUUGGAAUAUUGCAAGGCUGUGGAUCGCAAAAUAUGGCCACAUCUCCAUCCACUUAGGCAGUUCGAGAGGGAUCUUUCCCCUGAGAUAAUGUGGAAACUCGAGGAAAGAAAUGUGGACCUGGAUCGUCUUUAUGAGAUGGAGGAUAAGGACAUUGGAGCUCUGAUUCGUUAUUCUCAUCAGGGAAGGAUAGUUAAGCAGUAUGUUGGAUACUUCCCAUAUGUCAACUUAUCUGCUUCUGUGAGUCCAAUCACCAGGACUGUUCUUAAAGUGGACCUGCUUAUAACUCCUGAAUUCGAGUGGAAGGAUCGUUAUCAUGGCAUGUCAGAACGAUGGCUGAUUAUCGUGGAGGAUUCUGAAAAUGAUACUAUAUAUCAUUCAGAGCUCUUCACACUAACAAAGAGGAUGGCAAGAGGGGCACCUACAAAGAUAUCUUUUAAUAUACCGAUCUUUGAGCCUCAUCCGCCGCAGUACUAUAUCCGAGCCAUAUCAGACUCCUGGUUACAUGCAGAGUCACUCUUUACUGUCUCUUUUCAUAAUCUUACAUUGCCACAGACACAAAUAACACACACUGAACUUUUGGACUUGAAGCCUCUUCCACUAAGCGCUCUUGGCAACAAAACUUAUGAAGAUCUGUACAGAUUUACCCAUUUCAAUCCGAUACAAACACAGGCUUUCCAUGUUCUUUAUCACACUGAUACCAAUGUACUCUUGGGAGCUCCAACGGGAAGUGGAAAGACGAUUUCUGCCGAACUAGCAAUGCUUCAUCUUUUCAACACCCAACCAGAUAUGAAGGUAGUUUACAUUGCUCCUCUAAAAGCUAUAGUGCGAGAACGGAUGAAUGAUUGGAGACAACGGCUUGUAACUCAGCUUGGGAAGAAGAUGGUCGAGAUGACUGGUGACUUUACACCUGAUAUGAUGGCACUAUUAUCAGCUGAUAUCAUAAUUUCUACCCCUGAAAAGUGGGAUGGGAUUAGUCGCAGUUGGCACAGUAGAAGUUAUGUUAUGAAGGUUGGACUCAUGAUAUUAGAUGAGAUACAUCUUCUUGGAGCUGACCGUGGGCCUAUUCUUGAGGUCAUUGUGUCAAGAAUGCGAUACAUAUCAUCACAAACGGAACGUUCAAUUCGAUUUGUUGGUUUAUCAACAGCAUUAGCCAAUGCUCGUGACUUGGCUGAUUGGUUGGGUGUCAGAGAUGAUGGUCUAUUUAAUUUCAAGCCCAGUGUGCGGCCGGUACCUCUUGAAGUGCAUAUUCAGGGAUAUCCUGGGAAGUUCUACUGCCCGAGAAUGAAUAGCAUGAAUAAACCAGCAUAUGCAGCCAUAUGUACUCAUUCACCUGAUAAACCAGUUCUCAUUUUUGUGUCAUCACGUCGACAAACAAGACUUACAGCUCUUGAUCUUAUUCAGCUUGCGGCAUCAGAUGAAAAACCAAGGCAGUUCCUUAGCAUGGCAGAUAACUCUCUAGACAUGAUUCUUUCACAAGUCACUGACAGCAAUUUGAGACAUACGCUUCAGUUUGGAAUAGGUCUGCAUCAUGCAGGUCUAAAUGAUAGAGAUAGAUCCUUGGUCGAGGAACUCUUUUCAAACAACAAGAUUCAGGUGCUGGUAUGCACUAGCACACUGGCUUGGGGUGUCAAUCUUCCAGCUCACCUGGUCAUAAUCAAGGGUACUGAAUUCUAUGAUGGGAAAACAAAAAGAUAUGUCGAUUAUGUUAUCACAGAUAUUCUGCAAAUGAUGGGUCGUGCAGGCCGACCACAAUAUGACCAACAUGGCAAGGCUGUUAUUCUCGUACAUGAACCAAAAAAGAGCUUUUAUAAGAAGUUCCUCUAUGAACCAUUCCCAGUUGAAAGUAAUCUGAGGGAGCACUUGCAUGACCACAUAAAUGCAGAGAUUGUUUCUAGCACAAUCGGUAAUAAAGAGGAGGCAAUUAUUUAUCUUACUUGGACUUACCUAUAUCGCAGACUGGUUGUUAAUCCAUCUUACUAUGGAUUGGAAGAUACUGAAACAUAUACCUUGAAUUCUUACCUCUCGAGGUUAGUGGAAACUACAUUUGAAGAUUUGGAAGACAGUGGAUGCAUAAAAGUGGAUGACCAUUCUGUGGAGUCCUUGAUUUUGGGGAAAAUAGCGUCACAAUAUUACCUUAGUUACCUUACCGUCUCAAUGUUUGGGUCAAAUAUUGGUCCCAGUACAUCACUGGAAGCCUUUGUGCACAUACUAUCCGCUGCAGCGGAAUUUGAUGAGCUUCCUGUACGUCAUAACGAGGAUAACUUGAAUCGAACACUCUGUGAAAAGGUCCCUUUUUCAGUUGAUCAGCACCGCCUCGAUGACCCACAUGUUAAGGCUAAUUUACUCUUUCAGGCACACUUCUCCAGAGCAGAAUUACCUAUUAGUGACUAUAUCACUGACUUGAAAUCAGUUCUUGAUCAGAGCAUACGUAUUAUACAAGCAAUGAUUGACGUAUGUGCCAACAGUGGAUGGCUUUCAAGUGCAUUGACUUGUAUGCAUCUAUUACAAAUGAUCAUACAGGGUCUCUGGUUUGAGAGAGAUUCAUCACUUCGCAUGUUACCAUCCAUGAGUGAUAGUCUUCUAGUUCAUCUUAAAGGUAGAGGAGUUUCAACAGUUCCGACCUUGCUCAGUUGUUCUCGUGAAGAAUUACAUAAGUUGGUUCAACCGUUUGCUGCUUCAGAGUUGUAUCAGGAUCUGCAACAUUUCCCUCGCCUCGAUGUAAAAGUUAAUCUACAGGGUGAAGAUAAGGAGCAGUCCAAACCUCCAAUGUUGAACAUCAGAAUGCAAAUAAAAAAUUCACGGCGCUCAUCGAGAGCAUUUUCGCCUAAAUUCCCCAAGGCAAAACAAGAAGCUUGGUGGCUAGUCCUAGGGAAUGUUGCAAGCUCAGAGCUAUAUGGUCUGAAAAGAAUUAGUUUUACAGAUCGUGUCCUUAGCACUCGCAUGAAAUUGCCACAGAUGUUUGAUGUCCAGGAAACGAAGCUGAUUGUGGUGUCAGAUUGCUACCUUGGGUUUGAUCAGGAGAUCUCUCUUGGGCAUCUAGCAAAGGUUGUCUGACUCUUCGGCUGGCUAGCAGAGUUGCUAAUGGAAUCCAGAUAUAUUCACUCAAAAUUGAAUUCUGUUCUUGCCAUCACAUCCUUUUGUGAUAUUAACAUACAGUAUUAGCAUAAUAACGAAUACCAGUGUAUAUAUUACCGUUCUACAUAUCAAAUGUGGUCAUUAAUUGGCAUUGGUAAUAAAAGGAAGUACAUAUGUACUACCUCCGUUUCAUAAUUCUUGUCCCAAAUUUGCCCAAAAAUGAAUGUAUCUAUUUUUUUCAAACGUCUAGAUACAUGUAAUAUUGAAUUAUGGAACGGAGGGAGUAUUAGUUUAACCUUGGCCCCGCGACUACCAAGAUAAAAAAUGUUAACAGUUCAUUGGAACUGAACUUGA